AUGCCUAAGACAUCUGCAUCAGUUUUCUAGGUAGUCGCGAAAGACCAACUCAAAAAUUUAGAGACAAACUUUUGGGUAUCUCCAGUAAUGGCGAGAAAUUCAGUAUAUGCCUGCUGUAUAUUUUACUUUUUUCACGAGGGAUUCAGGGGAACUAGUAUUAAUGAAAUUAUCUUUACACCUUUGCUCAUUUACUCACUAUUUAUACUCGCAGCAGCUAUGGUGAGUGUAUGUACAGUUAACUCAUAUCAUAAAAAUGAAUCAGUGAUAGCUUUUUAUACCUUGAAUAUUCUGCUUUUGCUUAUCUCAUUAAUAGCUUUUUAUGUACUUAAUUCAGGUUCUAGCUAUUUCUAAAUGAUCGUUUAAGGUGAUUGCGUGAUAAAAGAAUCUGAAAUGUUUAUAAAAAAUUAGUACCAUAAGCAGGAUAAGAAACUUUUAUGCUCAGAAUAAUGCCCUUGCAAGAUAGAUAAUUAAGAACUCUCGUAAAAGCUUGAAAAUGAUAAAAAUAUAAUUACAGACAAAAUAAAUGGAUUUAUCAAUUUGCAAGGUUGUUUAAACGCAUCAUCAGACCGAGAUAGAUUAUUCAAUGCCAAUCAAGUCAGGUAUCUUGAAGAGACAUUCUAAUGCUCUGGGAUUUGCGAAUUGGGAGAUCUUUAUCUUUACUCAGAUAUUAGUAGAGGUAUUCCUCAAAGGUCCUGUAACAAGGCACUCAUAGAUUUUUUAAAGCGUAUCACAGAAAUAUCCAAGCUCCAAUGCUUAUUUAUUGGAAUUAUUUGCGUGAUAAAUUCUAUCAGUAUCUGGAUAUUGCAUAGUAGAUAUAUUUUACUUGUAAGUGAUGAAGAUCUAUUUGGAAAGGAUAGUGACGGAGAAGGAGAAUUCGAUGAUAAUGCAUCUUUGAGAUCUGGUAUGACUUCCACAUUUGAUAAAAGCUAUAUUGAUUAAAAAUCUUAUGAGGCUCCAAAGUUAUUAAAUCUUGACUCAAAUAAAAGACUCUAAUAAAGAAGAAACUUCAAUAAUCUUAGAUCAACGAAUACAUCUAAUAAUUUACCCUUACCUUCCAUCGUAGAAAAGAAAGAAUCAGAAUUCCUAGAUACACUGAUUGCAGAUAUAAAAAAUUUAUAGGUCCAGCCAAAUAAUGCAUUUGACUCUAUAACUCCUAAAUUCGGAUAACAGAGUCAAAAGUGA